AUGUGGCAAAGCAUAUUCCAAGAUCUCUAUCAGAACUUAUCAUCAAAUGCCAAAGACCGAUCCGAGAGCAUCAUCCUUGGUAUCCAUUUAUACAACAUUUCUAAAGGCUUCCAAUGCACAGGUUUACUAGAAGAUGACCCUGUCUCACAAGAAAUUCUUCCUCCAUUAUGGAAUACAAAUACUCAUAUUUACUCUUUCAGAUAUAUCCUCAAGCCAAACAUAAACUUAUAUGUAAAAUUCGUAAAGCUUGCUGAGACAAGGCUAACUGUGCAUGCCGUCCGCAGUGACCAAGACGAUAAAAUCAGAUCUUUUAAUAUCGAGAUGGAAGAAAUUAAUAAAAAAUGUGAAGAAGGGAAAGAAAUCACUGAGGUGAUUAUUAAUGAAAUAAUACCGGUGUAUAACAGAGAAAUUUUGAAUAAAAUAAAUGAGGAGAAGAAAGAAGAAAAGAAAGUUGACUUGAGGGAUUAUAGAGGACCAAAGCCUUAUGGAGUGCCUUAUGGAGGAAUACCCUUUAGUAAUCCCUAUAACCCAUUUCCUGGAUACCUGCCGCAGUCAGGCAACCCAUAUGGACCUGGAGUACCUUUGAUAUUCCCUGAUCCAUCUGGAAAUGUAAUGGGGCCUAAUCAUCCUAUUUUUGGACAACAACCAAGACCUGGAGUACGAUGGGAUCCAGUCAAUCCUUUCCCAGACCCCGAAUACCCUGAUCAUAUGCGCCCACCUGGUGGGUUUCCUCCUCAUGGAUUCCUAUAA